GGGACCUCUGCGCCCGGGCCGCCUCCUCUGGGUACAAACACUGCAAGCAGGCUCCUAGGCUCGACACGCCUCCCACCAGCUCAGGUGCCUCUUGGCCGCUUGCUUUCGACCUCCGGCCUCACCUUAGCUACAAAUGGACCCCAACUGCUCCUGCUCCACUGGCGGCUCCUGCAGCUGCGCUGGCUCCUGCACCUGCAAAGCCUGCAGAUGCACCUCCUGCAAGAAGAGCUGCUGCUCCUGCUGCCCCGUGGGCUGCGCCAAGUGUGCCCAGGGCUGCGUCUGCAAAGGGGCCUCGGACAAGUGCAGCUGCUGUGCCUGAUGUCGCGGAGAGCCUGCCCCGGGUGUCAACAGAGCAACCAGGACGAACCUGCAUUUUACCGUUUUUCAUACAACCGGAC